GGCCGUUGAGAGAUCCAGCAGCUGGUAGUGAGUUGCGAGAGCGCCCAGCAGGCAGCAGCCGACGGUCAACACAGCACACACAUUUCCCACUCCAUGUGAGAAAAACUGAGCCGUCUACCUUACAGGCGACAGAAGAAUAUGCUGUUCGGACGCCUGACGUGUCACCGCAUCGGCCUUUGAGUCAUCAUUGUCACCCGGUUUUCAUUUUGGAGGAUUCCUCCCUUCAUCCUCCGGAUCGCACCGAACAGGCAAUGACAACGGUCUUAGCAACCCCGCAGCAGAUGAGGGACCGGCUGCUGCAGGCCAUCGACUGUCGCAGCAAUAUAUGCAAUAUGGUGAUUGUAUUGGAGGUAAUUUCCUGUCUUGAACAGUAUCCUAUCACCAAAGAAGCACUUGAGGAAACUCGACUAGGAAAACUUAUCAAUGACGUCAGGAAAAAGACCAAGGAUGAAGACCUCGCCAAGCGUGCUAAGAAACUCUUGAGGGCCUGGCAAAAGCUGAUUGAGCCUGGGCCAGCUGUGGCUGCAAGCACACCAGGGUCCACCAAUGGCAGUUCCCACCCCUGCAGAACAGAUGCCGCCCCUCCUGACAUUUCCGUGUCAGGGAAGGGUGUCCCUGAAGUCAAAAUCAGAAACGAUGUACACAACACAUACUCACCAAAAGCCGAGAAGUCAAGCAGCCGCAAACGCCGAGCAGAGCACAGAGACAGUGGAGUGCACUUACCAGAAAAAAUCUCCAAGAUGUCUUCGUUUGAUAACUCUGUUUCACCGCCACCCACCAACGGGAUCGCAGGCAGUCCUGAUACCCUGCCUGACCAGCCAGUUGUCCCGUCUCCCGACAGAUCUCGGAUAGAGCACCUUGAUAAUGAUAAAAUCAACAGAAUUCCGGUUAAUGCUGUCAAGCCUCGCCCCAGCUCCCCAGGAGUGGCCAAACUACCUAGCACUUCCUCUAUGAUCAAGGUUGCUGUGAUGCAGCAACAGGCUAGAUUGGACGAAGGAGGAGGGGGGUAUUAUCAAACUAGGAGUCCCCGUGGCCUCACUUCUAGUCCAAGGAGCAUGAAGCAAGACACAGUGACCAAGCGCUCUUCAUAUGCACCUAAAGGAACACCUGUUCCAAGCCCCUCUUCUAGGGACUCUCCCUUGUCCAUAUCCCAGCCCGUAUCCUCCCCAGCCAACACAUCUUACGCUGACAAGCUGCCACAUUCUUCUCAUAGGUCUUCAAUGCACUGGGCCAGUUCGUCAGAAGCCCCUUCUCAUUGCCCACCACAAGACAUAUCUGCAACACUGGAAUCCCCAUCAGUCUCCCCUUCACCCUCCCACCUCCAACACAACUCAGAACUACACAGACCGACAUCUGAGGGAGCCAUGUCUGUGUCUGAUGACACAGACGGGGCAACGGUUCCCAACUCGGAGCAUAAAAGGCGGAAGUACAGGUCAAGAGACUACUCUGUCAACCUAGAUGGCCAGAAAAUAGAGGACACGACUAAACCUGUACGGUUAAAAGAACGCAGAUUAACAUUUGACCCCGUCACAGGUCAGAUCAAACCUCUGGUACAUAAAGAACCCUCUCUAACAGAGGAAGCCCCCACUCCUGACCCUGCUGAGUUAAGGCAGAGAACUGAAAGCACUGUACAACAGCCCGCUGUCCUCACCCCGGUCACAGUCCCUGUCCCAGCCCUGGCCCCGGCCACAACCACAACCCCAACCCCAGGUCCCAGCCCUAACCCUUUCCAUCAAACAAACUGGAAGGAGCUGUCCAGAAAUGAAAUCAUCCAGUCCUACUUGAACCUUCAGAGUAAUGUGCUCACCUCCUCUGGGGUCCAGGCCCCUAGUGCGCACUAUUUUAUGACAGAGUAUCUGAAAAGGGAAGAACAGGAGGUCAAGGAUUCACGGAAGAUACAUGUUCUGCAGACGGACAGCUCAGUAGGGGAUUUACCGGGCGUGAGCCGGGACGUGACGGACGAUGACCUGGGCAGGAUACACACACAGCACUGGCCGGGGGUGAACGGUUGUUAUGACACCAAGGGCACCUGGUAUGAUUGGACAGAGUGCAUAUCAUUGGACCCUCAUGGGGAUGAAAGCAAAUUGAACAUCCUGCCAUAUGUUUGCCUAGACUGAGGGGUUUGGGAACGUUGCUGUCCUUUUUCCACUCCUUUCUUUGUCUCGCCACAGAGACGAGACACUUUGUGAUUUUGUUUGUCCACUGUGAGUUCGGCAAAAGCCAGGCCUGCUAAACUCCCUCCCCCAUGCCUCUUCCUCUUUCUGUGAUAAUCUAAUGAGAUUUUGGUAUUAAAAAAGAGUAAAGAUUUAAAGAAUAGUUGAGUUUGUAAUACCAAGGGCUGUUUCUGUUUUAUUUUUCAAACUGAAAGCCACAGGAAUGAUGAGGCCCUCGUUGCAGAGUGCUGCUACUAACACUGAAGGAAAGAAGGAGGGGACAGCAUUAUCCCAGACAGCCGGAAAUGGUGUUAUGAUGUGAAUAUUUGAUGUUCUGAAUUGUACCUCUGUUUCAGGCUCACUGAGAUGGUACUGUUCUCUUUUUUUUACCUUCUAGUUUCUAAUGAGGAAUUACAUUCUAGGAUUAAAUUUGAGGGAAGGCCGGGGUUUAGCUGUCCUGUCCAGACUGCCAUGUUGGUGCCCAGAAAAGGUGUUGAUAGAGUUCAUCUAGCACAGAUAGAGCUGAACAUGUCCAGAGUAUGAUAUACUGGAUCAUAUUUGGCAGUUACAAGAAGCUUUAUGUGAGAUAUAAAGAGUAAAUUAUAAAUUUCUUAUCAUGUAUACAUCUAUUUAUUUUGACCAGUUCAUUUAUGGGAAGUUCACCUGAACAGACAUUAAGAAACUAUAAUAGACCUGGUUUUGUUUUCUUUGUUAAUUUUUUUUUUCCUGUUUGCAUCACAAUGCUGUCAGCCUAAUCUUCAAUGUUAAAGGGGCAUACGCAUGUUUUUUUUUUUUUUGCAUGGUCUUUCUUUAAGACAGACCAAUGCAUAUGGUCAUAAACAUUCCAUACUCCACCCCGCACCCACUUUCACGCUCUCUGUCUCAUCACACAGUUCCCGUAUGCCCACCUCAACCCUCAAGAAGAAGUUAAUUCUGGUUUCAAAAUGGUGUCGUCAAAAGUAGUGUGGUGCUAAUUAAAAAAAUUAAUUCAGCUAAAGUGGAAAAAACUCACGCCUCACUAAUUCUCUCCCAAGCUUAAAAAAGUAACGAAUGUCAAAUCAGAUGGUGCUGAUCAAUGUUUGCAUUAUUUGAAAGUCUCAUUUUGUUUCCUUUAGAUAGCGUUUGCCUUCUGGAGGUCCAUCACAAUAUUUCCUGAGUUAAACAGCCUUAGUGAAUGUAAAGGAUUGAGACUUGUUACGCACUUCUUCAUAAGUUGACAUCUUGUUGGUCAUUUCAUCACUGACAUAAUUCAAACGGGAAUAGUGACUGAUGCUCCCACAAUCUGUGUGCCCGCAGUUUAUUCAGACUUAAAGCCCCUGCCUAUGUGUUUACAGAUAUUUUUGAAAAUGGAUAUUUUUCCCUAUCAUUCCACACGACCUUUGUUUUAUAAAGUACCUCUGUCCACACUAGAACACAAAAAUGACUCCACACUUGCCGCUGUUCGCUGUCUUCAGCAGUCUACCUCGUCACGAAGGUAGCGGAGUGUGUACAAGCUAACGUUACCUUUUUCAAAAACCUGCUGAAGAACACAUCAGCGUGGAUUUCCAUUCAAUUUAAGCUUACUAAACAUACAAAUGAUUCUCUGGACGUGCAAAAGUUUACCUCCCAAUCCUCGUCAACAACAAUCCCACUCUGGAAAGUGACCAGGCUCGGUACAAAACCUUCAUUUCUGGAGGACUUUAAACCACGGAUGCCGAGAUGGACUGAACACAUUGGGUACAGCAGCUGCUUCCGUUCGUCCAUUGAGUGCGGCAAUACUAACUUUAAGUGUAAAUUAGUCAUAAGACCAAGCACUGCUAUCAGAACGUUAGCAAACUGGUAGUCAGCCAUCAUUGUCGUUUUUAGUUUAUGCUGAUUACACCAAGCAAAAACUGCGCCUUAGAAGAAAUCUGUGUCUUAAUAACCUGUGACUGUGUGUGGACAAGAGACCAAACUGUAGAGGAAAGCAUCCAUUUAUGAAAAUAUCUGUAUGUAUAGACAGGGCCGAAGACGCAUUCACAGCUUUUGCAGCUGAUUUCGAGAGUUUCGUAAACAUUUAUUUGAGGAUCAUGUCUUUCUGCUUCCAUUUUUCAAUACAGCAAACAUAAAAGGUCGAGAGAGAAAGCUGUGUGCAUCAGAUAUUCUUGGCAUUUUCCACAUGACAGCUAAAAGUUGAUUUUCCCCUCUACACUCAUCAGUCACUACCACUUCUUUUCCUCAUAUGACUUAAAUUAAGAUUGGCUUCUGCGCAGCCUCUGUCCAUUCAUCCUUUCAGUCCUUCAUCCCUACCAAUGUGCCUUGGUAAAUGGUAAAUCUGGAUUUGCUGUCGCAUAUGAAACGCAUCUGUCCGGAGCUGGGUUUGUGUGCGAGAGCUGCAAAUCCCUUGAUCAAUACGACGCUGGUAUAUGCACCGUUUUCUGUUACUUUUUUUGUAUACACUGAUCUAGAGAGAGGGUGAAGCUGCAGACAAUGAGAAACUGCACAACAACACAGCUGGCAAUAAAGGAAAAAGUGCUACAACUGGUUGAUAAGAAUCUGUUUUCUGGAGUUUUGACUGGGGCAUCUUUAUUUGUUCAGUGUUUAACAUCUCUCAAUUGUUUGAAAAAUAAAAAUGAUCUAAAUCUUCAGCUCA